UGCCCGAGACCGCGACUCCGCGGGCAGUGCCCCGACAAGGUGGAGCCCGGCGGGCCCGUGAGUCCAAGACCUGUCCCAGGAGCUCCAGCGCACGUGACCUGCCACUGCCUCCCGCCGCCUCCUGCCCGCGCCAUGACCCAGCUGGUGCCCCGGCUCUCCGUGCCCGCCGCGCUGGCCCUGGGCUCAGCCGCGCUGGGCGCCGCCUUCGCCACUGGCCUCUUCCUGGGGAGGCGGUGCCCCCCAUGGCGAGGCCGGCGAGAGCAGUGCCUGCUUCCCCCCGAGGACAGCCCCCUGUGGCAGUAUCUUCUGAGCCGCUCCAUGCGGGAGCACCCGGCGCUGCGAAGCCUGAGGCUGGUCAGCAGGGCGCGGGACGGAAACGGGCGUCCCUCUCGACCCCUGCGGGUCCCACGUGGCUGUGUGACCUUGGGCUGGGCCGUGGCCCUCCCUGGGCUUCCGGCUUCCCUGGGCAGGGUGCGGUGGGCGUUCCCGAAGGGCCAGUCCCCCAGGCCACGCCCAGAACCGCGCCCCUGGGGCUUGGGACCCCCAGGGCGAAGGUGGGUGACCUGCAUGGCUGGUGCCACCCUCUCCUUUCACGCAGCUGACCCUGGAGCAGCCGCAGGGGGAUUCUAUGAUGACCUGCGAGCAGGCCCAGCUCUUGGCCAACCUGGCGCGGCUCAUCCAGGCCAAGAAGGCGCUGGACCUGGGCACCUUCACGGGCUACUCCGCCCUGGCCCUGGCCCUGGCGCUGCCCGCGGAUGGGCGCGUGGUGACCUGCGAGGUGGACGCGCAGCCCCCGGAGCUGGGACGGCCCCUGUGGAGGCAGGCCGAGGCGGAGCACAAGAUCGACCUCCGGCUGAAGCCCGCCUUGGAGACCCUGGACGAGCUGCUGGCGGCGGGCGAGGCCGGCACCUUCGACGUGGCCGUGGUGGAUGCGGACAAGGAGAACUGCUCCGCUUACUACGAGCGCUGCCUGCAGCUGCUGCGACCCGGAGGCAUCCUCGCCGUCCUCAGAGUCCUGUGGCUCGGGAAGGUGCUGCAACCUCCGAAAGGGGACGUGGCGGCCGAGUGUGUGCGAAACCUAAACGAACGCAUCCGGCGGGACGUCAGGGUCUACAUCAGCCUCCUGCCCCUGGGCGAUGGCCUCACCUUGGCCUUCAAGAUCUAGGGCUGGCCCCUAGUGAGUGGGCUCGAGGGAGGGUUGCCUGGGAACCCCAGGAAUUGACCCUGAGUUUUAAAUUCGAAAAUAAAGUGGGGCUGGGACACACGACCUCCUGAGCCUCCGUGUGUGGCGCUGGAUGGGGAAGGGAGGGAAGGCCCAGCACAGACAGCUCCUGCCUUCAGUGAAAGGGGCCUUGAGAUUCGUCCCCUCCCUGGCGCCAGGUCUGUGGCCCAACUGCAGGAACCUCCAGCUGGCAGGAGGCAGGUUAUAAAGUUUUAACUGGCCUGGCCACGUGUAAUGGCCAGAGACCCCAGCACCUCGGGCUUGUCUGCCUCCUACAUCUCUCCCUCAGGGCAGGCGAAGCUCUGGCUCCGAGCAGCUGGGACUGGUGGAGAGCCACGUCUGGUGUCUGCCGACAGGAAAGAGGAUUGCAGGGGACCACGGGUGUCACUUGUGUGCUUUUGUAGGUGAUGCCAGUUCUGCUGGCGCUUGCUCAUGUCUUCACAGCCCAGUCAGCUCCCCAGCCUCACUUCUCCAGUGGAGGCCCUGGUGGGGGAACAUCACCUCUAAGAGCCAGGCCAGUUGGCCUGGACCUGAGGACCUCGGGGUUGACGAGUAUCCUGCCGUCUCCUUGAAAUUCUUAAGUGAGGGGGAUCACUGGCCAGGCAGGCGUGAAGCAGACAAGCCUAUAGGUACAGCAGUUGUUACUACACUCCCUAGAGGAUGAAGAGAACUUCAGGCUUUCCUGAACCAUCUGCCUAUGAGGGGAGGUGGAGAAGGAACCAGGCCUCAUGGAGCACCUUCGACCCAGGUGCUCUGCUUCUUAUUUAAAUCUCCCCAACCUCACAGAUCUUAUCUCCACUGACAGAUAGUCAAAUUCUUUCCACUGACACUGCCUCAGGCAUAAGUGGCAUUAGCCUGGAAUUCAAGCAGCUUUUGCCACUACCUGGUAAGCCUCGGUGGUGGGAAGUGUCCCUGGAGACUGCUGGAAGCAGGGCUAAAAGAGCCACGAGGCUGGGCGCAGUGGCUCACACCUGUGAUCCCAGCACUUUGGCAGGCUGAGGCAGGUGGAUCAUUUGAGGUCAGGAGUUCGAGACCAGCCUGGUCAACAUGGUGAAACCCGGUCGCUACUAAAAAUACAGAAAUUAGACAGGCGUGGUGGUACACGCCUGUAAUCCCAGCUGCUCGGGAGGCUGAGGCAGAAUUGCUUGAAGCCGGGAGCCGGAGGUUGCAGUGAGCCGAGACCACACCACUGCACUCCAGCCUGAGCAACGAAGUGAGACUCCGUCUCAAAAAAAAAAAAAAAAAAAAAAAAAGCCACAUGAGCUCACAGCUCCUGGGACAAACUUUGCAUUUUGGACACUACGCAAGACCAUGGCUGGAAACCUACCCUUUUCUAACUCAUAAAAGCAUAUUAGGAUGCACGUGGGUGAAUAGGUUCAAUUUACUCUAAGGAAAUCCUUGACAAAACAGUUAACUCACUUGUGCCACACCUCAGUCCAAAUUACUGUAGCCACUGCCCAAUAAAGGGCCACCCAUUAGCUAAGGGGCAGCAGUCCCCAUGACUAGGGUUUUUCUCUUUAAAGGACCACCAGCAGUGGUUAGUUGCCUGCAGGUCUACCUCACACUGCUGGAGUUGCUUUCAGGCCUAGCCUGCAUGGACAUCUUUUCAUCUGUUUCUCCUCUUACCUGACUCAAGCUGGCUCAAAUUCUAACCCUCUGUCACUUAAGUCAUGUCUCCAUGUCUGGAGAGGGCCUUUCAGAGAACCAUGAUUCACACGGGCCAUUCAAGCCAGUCCCCUAGGAAUAGUGGGACCAGAAGGGUCUUCAUGGCCCCAACCCUCCUGUGUGGAGAGCUUGCUUGAGCUCUGGUCUCUCACCAGCUUCUUCUCAACCUGGAAGUUUGUAGCAUGUAUCAUUUCUUGGGUGAUAAGUCCUUCCAUUUUCUUACCCGUUUCUUAUCACUCAGGUUCUACCAUUCUUCAGGUCUAUUACAGAUUUGUUGAACAAAUCUUCUCCAACCUUUAAUCAUAUCCAAUUAUCUUCUCCCAUCAGAAAACGUGCUCUUUCCUACUUUUCCAGCCAGAACCACCUAUUAAUGUCUCAUUCAUGCCCAGAUGAAGGCCAAUGCCAUGCAGCCUAAAGGGGUUGUCUCUGGUCUCCUACCUAUACCCACCUUUCAGUGUGUCUGCCUAGAAGGAAAUGAGUAAUGACCUCUCACAGUCCCUCAGGUUACCCUCACUGUCUACACCUUACUCCUCUUCUGUAUGCUUAACACCAUCUCACCAAACCAGGGCCUACUUUAUGUUCCUAGCAGUAGCUCACAGGGGUAUGGUGUGUUUGUGUAACUUUUCAGCACCUUCUCUUUUUCCUUUCAAUGAUGCAGAGCAAUUCUGCACAGACUUACAAACUGAAGUGUAAAAGCAUGUAUCCUCUUAUUGUAGUCUUAAAAAGCUCGUGGAAUCUAGGGACACAGAAGAUUCUGUGGCACAGAUUUAGGUACAGAGCAAAAUACUCACUGGAAAAAUCAAGUAUUGGCUAGCUACCACGGGGAUUUGAUCCUAGCUGGCAAACGUGGAACUCCGCAAAUACUUGGAGCCAUUAAUUAUGUAUACUUGUUUUAUUCAUAAUUUGUCAUGUUCUGGGAUACCAAAAGUAAUAAUGGCUGAACUUAACAAAAUUUGUAACCUCAUCUUAAUAUCCACUGAUCCAUCUCAUUCAAUGGUAAUAGUCAAUGUUUUCUAAAGGAACAUAAAAACAAACAUGCACACAAUUGCACAGUUUUCAUAAAGGUCUAUUUCAUUAUUGGUGGGUAGCGCAUUUAACAGUUAAAUACAUUUAAAUAAUGUAUAGGUGACUGCAGGACUGCAGCAUUGGUAACUAGAUAACCAACUAGAAA